GUAUAAGUAACUGUACCAGUGAGUUUGUUGUCGAAAUGUGCGUGGUAGCAGGGCCCACAUAUUGGAGCGUGUUCAAUAAAACUGAGGAUCUCGUCACCUAUGUAGCGACGGGAAUGAAUGCGGCUAACUUCUGGUUCACUGACAUGGAGAAACCGGCGGUCAAGUUGCAGCUUAAUCGAAUUAUCCAAUAUGAGAACGAUUCCAUAGCUGGCAGAAAUAUCUGUGGACCAACACUCUACGAGCUGAACAACCACAACACCUGUGCGGCAGACAUACUUGACGCAUUGAAUGCCACCGUAGACCUGAAAAAUGAAUGCGGUUUGGAAGGUUGCGACCUACUUUUGCAGCUUACCAGAGGCAACCUUGCGAUGGAGAUCAACGGCACAUGUAUCAACAGGAAAGUUGAAGGUGUGGCUAAUUUGGGCGGCGUUUGCACAAACUACAGUGCUGCAGUUGUAGAAGACGAGCCACUGCUCUACAGCGGAGUAUCUACGAUGACUCAUGAGAUCGCUCAUGCACUAGGGGCGAGCCAUGACGACGAAAAUCUAACGCUUCCCAUCGAAGGUUAUCCCGAUGCGCUUCACUGUUCAUGGAAUGAUGGAUACUUGAUGAGCACAGCACCCCAUGGAAAGAACAUGCAUAAGCUUUCAAAUUGCUCAAUGGCUCAAAUCAAAGUUUUUGUCUGCACUUUGCCGCAGGCUUGCAUACAGGUCCAUACAAAAGCCGACUACUCGAACAAGUUUUAUCCCGGGCAGAACAUGACGCCAGACACAUUUUGUCAAAACAAACAUCCAGAACAUCAGGACGUAGAGGCACAAAACCAAAGUGACACUGACUACCAACAGUGCAAAAUAAACUGUUGCUGGAAGUCAAAGAUCUCCAACUUCCAAGAACGGGAGGACAUUAGUAUUGACUUGAGUGCUUACGAUGAUUUAUAUAAUUAUGAAGACCUAAAGGAAUGCCAGCCCCACAAUUUGCUGGAAGCAAUGUCGUCUGGCGAGAACAAGACGUGCUGGCGAGGUGUUUGUGGUGAACAUAACUGGACCGAAAUAUAUAACAUGUAUCAUACUGACCGCACAUUCCAGACAUGACAUUACUUCUGCCGCUUUUAUGAACAAGAGUUUCAAGAAUAGAAUGAUACGAAAUAAUCUUUGUGCUGUGAGGGCACAAAACUGAGAACCAAUGAACAAUUAAAAUAAAAUAUUUGUUUUUACCAACUGA